AUGCGUUUGGAACUCGAAGAAGAAAAAUUAAAAAACCUCAGGUUAAAACAACAAAUAAAGAUCCUGAGUGACGAAGUUAAAAAAAGCAAAUCAGGCCGUCGCCAAGCUUCAUUUAACACCAACAGUGCCUCAACCAUGGAGACCAACAAUAAUAUACAAAUUAACGAAAACAAUGGUCCAAAAACAAAGGACAUAGUUAUAGAUAGCUUGGUCCCAAAAAUCCACUUAACUAAACAAUCAAAAGACGAUAGUCUGUAUAAUUUACAAAAUCAUGAACCUGAGGAUAUGCAAAUACCAGUUACAACUGAAUCAUUCAAUCAUCAACUUAAUAAUUAUAAGAUGAAACAUGUUAAACAACGCUCAUCACAUACCUUAAUACCAAACGCUAUAAAACAAACAACUAACGAGCCGCCCCCAAAGCGUGAGAACAAACGACCAAAUUUAAAAAUAAAUCCUUCGUUCGAUCAGCAAUUAAAAGACUGUAGAACCAAACAUGAUAGUCAAUGCCCCAUAUCCACAACAAAACGUCAGCCAAUAAAAGAAAACAAGAAAACAUCAGUACUUGGUCAUAAUCAGCAAGCUGUUUCAUUUAGCAAACAACACGUGAACCAUAGGAGAGAAAUACACUAUUACGCUAGAAAUAAACACAACAACAAAAUACGUUCAAACCACAAUAGGUUUAAUAAACCUACACCAAAACCGGCAAAUCAUCGUAUCCACAACCAAAAUCAGCAUCGUACCCCUCCAGCAGCAGAUUAUGGCAACUUCUCUGAUUUCUUUCCAGCUUCGCUCCCUUUUCAAUUACGUCGAUAUUUUCCAACCCAUCCCCGAAGGCAAGUAUGGAUAUUUUACCUGAAAUACGUAAAUCGUGUGACAAAGAGAUAA